UAUUGGUGUUCAGGCAGUUUAAUAUUUGUUUGAAUGGAAAUUCGGGUUUCUUGGUAGGUUUGGCAAUCGGUCACACUAAAGUGGUUUCUUGGUAUUGGUAUUUUAUUAAAAUACGUUGGUUUCGUGUCUUGAGAAAAAUAUAAAGGAAACAAGAGGCUACUGAAAAUGACAGAUUCUAUGAAGUUUGGUCCAGAAUGGUUGCGCAAUAUGUCGGCGGAACCUUCUGCCAAUACCAAUAACGUUGGUGGAGGCGCCAACAGCUGUCUGGCAACGCACAGCAUUGGCAACAACACAACAGCAGCAGCAGCAGCUUCCUCUCGCAACAUGUUUCCUGAGUAUCGAUAUGGACGUGAGGAAAUGCUGUCUCUGUUUGAUCGGCACUGUUUGUUGCCGCAGAUUUUACCUUCGUUUAAGAAGCUUUUUGUGGACAAGGUUCAGUAUCCUCUUGCCCUGACGCCCAGCUCUGAAGAAGACAAUAAUCAAAUUGGGAGUAGCUCUCGUCCGGCCUGGUUGCAGCGGUCGGCGGGUGGAUUUGGAACAGCUCCGCGUGGCACUGGACGUGGUGGAACAGUUGACCGAGGCCGAAUGCGUGGAAAAUCAGUUUAUCAUCCGAUAUAUCAGCGCCCUGGCGGUUUAUACGAUGAAGGUCUGUCAGUCAUGUCCACCAAGAUCGAACGAAACUGGAACGAGCGAAAUGGAACUUGUGAUUCAGUCGCUGUAAGCACAUCACAGGGUAAUUCGGGGGGCCUGGACUGGAACGGGACACCAAGUUCGAGUCCAAGAAAAGAGUUCUCAAGUCAUCAUCGCAACAUGGAAAACUGGCGGCGCAGCCGAAACGAGGAUGGAGCUGGAGACGGCCCGAUUUCAAGCAACAACCUAACGGGAUCGGAUCUUGCCGGAUGGCGAAGCAGUGGUGGAGGAUCAAGUACCAAUUCUAGCUUUGUGGGCAAUUCGCACCGCUGGGGUCGAUCUACCAGUUGGCGCGACGAGGACUCCCACUUGGAUAGUUUGGCCAGUGUACAGCGUUCUAUUUCGACGGUUGGGACUGUAGAGGUUGACCGGGAGCGAGGAGGUAGUGGUAAGACGGGAUCGGGGCUGACUGCCGCUCCUAUCCGUCAGCCGGGCGGUAAAAAUUCUCAAUUGUGGUUAGGCGGCGGUGGUGAUACCGAGGACAAUCUUCCCGAGUGGGCUAUGGAGAAUCCAUCUGAAUUAGGUGGCACCUUUGAUUCAAGUGGCGCGUUUCACGGUGAUGGCGAUCUACAUAAGGCAGCCAAGGCUUUAGUUGAACAAAGGGACUCCACUGAUGCGGCAAACUCUGCAUCUUCAAGCUCUGACAACAUCUUACCUCAGACUGGGAGCAGGCAUCACACUGACGUAGAAAGCGAUACAGGCGAAAAUGACUUCGAGGGGAGGAUAGAAUUGAACCCACAGAAAUUCCCGAACUUGACUAAAAACUGCCAACAGUCUCCAGACCCUACAGCUUCUAUUCGUGAAGCUGUCCACGGGGAUAUAUCGGAUAGGAUCAAAGAAGUGGCCGAUGAGGUGGAGAAGCUGAUAAUGGACGAUGAACCUAGAGUUUCCCACAACAAUAGAGAACCACAAAUAGAUAGCGGCCGGUUUGUAACAACAAUGCCUGGUCUAGCAGAGAUUGAGAUGAGCAUUAAGUCGAACUCUUUGGGCGAUUCUGUUCUGCUUCAGCAACCGCAUACUCAUCCUGCGAUCCCUAUUGCUGUUCCGAUUCCGGUUUCCAAUUCAAACAUUGCCCAUCAUCCAUCGCAACAACAUCCGAGUCUACCUUUUCCGGACCAGUUAGCUAUGCAACAUCACCACCACAUGCAACACCAGCACCAACAGCAUCUGACAAUGCUUCCUACGGCGCAGAUGAUGAAUUCGAAUCCGAAUCCAAACGAGUUGUGGUUCUACCGGGAUCCUCAGUCGAAUGUUCAGGGCCCGUUCAGUGCCAUGGAGAUGACGGAAUGGUAUCGAGCCGGAUACUUCAAUGAAAACCUCUUCGUGCGUCGCUUCUCCGACAGUAGAUUCAGGCCACUGGGCGAGCUAAUAAAGCUUUGCCACGGCAACAUGCCGUUUUCGCACAGCCAUUUGCUACCAUCACCGAUGGAUUUGGACAAUCUUCCUAUUGGACAGAUGCCAGCCGCUAUUCCUGUGCCACUUCCACUUACGCCCCGCAAGUCAUCGUCGGCUGCUCUUUCCCUCUCCUUGGGCGAACAGCAAUUGCAGCAACAACUGCAAAGAGAAGAGCUCAAAGCGAAUGUGACCGCUGCAGCAAACUCGCUGACCACUGCCAUUAAAGGAAAUAUGGGCGGAAGUGGCUUGGAUGCAACAUCCCAUAUUCUGACCAUGCGAUUCCAGAUGCUGCAAGAUCAGUACUUGGAGCACCAGGAGUACCAGAUAGUCAAUGAGCUGUCAAAAAACGAGUGCUUUCAGCGGCUCUCUGCUGUCGAGCGUGAGUCGGUAGUGCGGCGCAAGGUUCAGUUACUCGUUCUGCCAGAGUACUUGAUCAGCCUGAGCGGGCUGAGUAACUCACUGGCUGUACUAAAUCCGGCAGCCGGGAGCCAGUUGUACCAUGUUAUAGCUGAGCAGGGUAAAAAAGAUCAGCAGCAGCUGUUUGCCAAGAGCGCAGACCAACAGCGGCCACUGGGAAAUCUUCUGGAAGCAAACAAUUUCAUACACAACGCCAAGCUAAUGGAUCAGCAAACCCAGCAGCUUCAGGCUGCUUCGCAUCCGUCGCAACAGCAUACGGACCAGGCAGUGCUGACUGGAUCGGCAGCUGAGCCGAAUAAACUUGACGAGAUGCAUGGCACCGAAAUGGAUUUGCUCACCGAAUACAAUUUGCGUAUGCUGCUGAGAGGACAGCCAACAAUUGGUCGUCCGCGGCCUCCUUUACCAAAUCCUGGUAGUGAAAAUCCCACUGGUGGGGAUUUCCUCAUCGAGUCACGAAUGCUGCCAGCGCAGAACCUGAUGAUUCCAAUGUGGUUGCCUGCUCAUCAACAACCACCGAACCCACAGUGGUCUGGAAUGGCAAACGCUAAGGUCACCCUGUGGGACGUGUCCACAUUGGAAGAAGAGCAGAACCAACAGCAACAGCAGCAGCAAUUACUGGCUCAACAACAGCAACAAAAAUGCAUGGCAGGUGUAGUGCAAUCCCCAGAUGCUGCUGCUGGAGCAGCAGCCCCUUUAACUGCUGAAGUGGAUAACUUGGGCGAUCGGUCCCAGUCUACUGACAAUCAAAAAAAUCAUCUAAAGGAAUCGGUCAGUCCAAAGCCAGAACAGAGAGUUAUUGCGGCUGUGGAGGCAAUCAAGGAUCAGAAUCCUUCACAGUCCCCGGCUCAUGUCAAACACACUAAUAAGCAAAACUUGGCGAUCAGACCGUCACAACAGACAGCACCGUCAAAAUGCAUUAAUGAGGAAGAGCGGCGGCGUGAGCUAGCUGAGGAAAAGCGGCGACUUAAGGAGGAGCGCAAGCGUCAACAACUGGAAGAGGAGAAACGCCGUGCCUUGCAUGUGGAAGAAGAAAAAACUCGACAAACGCUGGAAGAAAAGGAACGACAACUGCAAAUACAAGGUCAGCGUCGGAAGGCUUUACUAGGUAGCGCACAAGCCCCAAUUCAAGGUCCAGCCACAGGCAUAGCAGGAUCUGCAGCUAACACCAAGCAUUCCGUUGGAAAGGCUGGGGAUCUACAAGCAGCUUCUCGUUUGGCUGCGACAUCAGUUGCGCCAUGGUCGCUUCGAUCGCCGAAAGCCAGCAGCAUCGCGCCUGGACUGGCAGAAAUACAGAAGGCGGAAAGGCGAGAAAGACGUGCGGAUCAGCAGCGACAGCAGGAACAGUUGGACAAACAAAUGCGAGCCACUGCAGCUGCUGCGGCCGAGGCGAACGAUGCUCUUCUUAAGUGGCAGGCAGCACCCGCUCCUGCGCCCGUAAUGAGCCUAGCUGAUAUUCAGGCAGAGGAGGCCAAGCGGCUGGCCAAUGAACUCAUGGAACAGCAGCGACGUCGUGAAGUAGAGCAACAGCAACAGGCUGCUGUAGCAUCAAAUGUGGGUGGGACGUGUGGCCUGUCCAACAUCUGGGGAACUGCUAAUAAGGCAUGGAGUGCACCCAACUCUUCUUCGCUUUCAUUGACAACAGGCGGUCGUUUAUGGGAUGAUGCCAAUUCCACGUCGGUCAAUCCAAUCGUUUUGCAACCGUCGGCCAGUGCCAGUGGCGCUGGACCAGUAACUGCGGCGGCUGUUCUAGCCGCUGGUCUGCAUUCGUCGGAAAAACAUAGCGUACAAGCACAGACCAAGUCGGCAGCAGCCUCGGACUCACCGCGGAAGUUGCGAAAGAGCCAGACUUUGCCGACCAUGCAAAACGUGGUAAAAACGACCAAAGCUGUUGGAGGACAACAACAGAAUCCCGAAAAGAACAAAACGAGUCAGAUAAAAGCGAGUCCAAAAGUGGCACCUACCUCAACGGAAGAAAAAGACAAGGAAAGAAAACCGAGUAGCAAGGGGCAUAUGGACCAGGCCAGCAAUAAAGUUAACGAAUAUGAAAACGAGUUUACUAGCUGGUGCAUGAGAAGCCUGGACAAUAUGACCGCCAAAGUGGAUGUACCCACGUUUGUUGCAUUCUUGCAGGACUUAGAGGCACCAUAUGAGGUGAAGGACUAUGUGCGCAUAUACCUUGGUGAAGGAAAAGAUUCAUCUGAUUUUGCCAAACAAUUUCUGGAGCGUCGCAGUAAAUACAAGAGCUUGCAGCGAGCUCAAAACGCGCACAAUGAUGAUAUGUGCCAGCCCGCUCCCGCUAUAACACCGUCAGGAAACGAUAAUACUGAAAGCAAGAACAAGCAGAAGAAGGUCAAGAAGAACAAAAUGACUAAGAUAGACGCACGCAUUCUCGGGUUUUCGGUAACCGCUGCAGAGGGUCGCAUAAAUGUUGGCGUUCGGGACUAUGUCGACGGCCCAUAACAACUCCGAAAGCUGCAACGACAAACUCAAGUUUUAUGUAGAAUGAGAAACCUUAUUAAAUAUAUAUUUGAAUUAAAGGCCGGGUAAUAAUUGGACUUAGCCCUGUUCAAAAUAAAUCCGUAUAUGUAUACAUAUGUGACUAGAA